AUGAAACCGAGACAAGGAGCCAGUCAGUCUAGAAGGUCAAGGGGCAAUGGAAGGACGACAAAAGAAGGAACCAGUGAUUUGAAAUUCCAGAACUUCGCUCUGCCGAAAAAUAGGUCAUGGACUCGCCUCGGUGGUGGUGCCCCAGCCGCCUCUGUGACUGCAAUAACAUCUGAAGCCUUCUUGUUGGCAGGUCAGUCCCGGACUAUUCACAAGCCUCUUCGUGAUGACGAAAGGACCUUUGGGACAGUCCUGGAUGGAGUGAGAAGCCACAGUGACGAUGCCUAUGAAGACCCUGAGCUUCACGUGGUAGACGUAUGGCCAUCAUCAAAAAUACUACCAGCCAGGCCCAUAAAGGAUUCUGAAUAUGCAGAUACGCGCUAUUUCAAGGGUGCAGUACAUCCUUCCACCCUGUUAAACGCCAAGACCCCCAUCCCCACGGAGGGGCAAGCCUGGAAUCCACGGACAGGACUGGAAGAAGUCAACAAACCUAUUUCCAAGGACACCAGAAACCAUCCCAUAAAAGGAGACAGACCCAUGAAGGUGAAUAAGACUCCCUUGCUGCCUCCCCGGCCCCCCGCCAUUCUUCCCAAGAAGUACCAGCCCCUGCCCCCUGAGCCAGAGAAUCUCAGACCUUGCUCUCAACCACACAGCUUUCCUGACAUCCAUCGAGAGCCCAGACAAAUAAGUUUGAAAGACUUAAGUCAGGUCCUUGAAGCAGAAAAACCACCCCACCACCAGGUGACACCUGAACCAUCUCUGCUGACACAAAACCAAGCUAUUCAAGAGAUCCCGCCUGGGGUUCCCAGCUCUUCAUUCAUAGUGAGUAGCCAUGGUGUGCAAAACAGAGAUCACACAGGCAGCUUGCCCUCUUCCGUUCAGAGAUGCCAGCCCUCAGCCAGCUACCGUCCCCGGGAGAACAGGCCGCCCUGUGAACCCCCGAGCCGGAGAAAACCCUGCCCCACGGCGUCUGAGCAAAAGGAUGUACAGCACAGCGAGUGGUACAUUGGACAGUACGGUCGGCAGGCAGUAGAAGAAGCACUAAUGAAGGAGAGGAAGGAUGGCACCUUCCUGGUCCGAGACUGCUCCACAAAAUCCAAGGCAGAGCCCUACGUUUUGGUGGUGUUUUAUGGGAACAAAGUCUACAAUGUGAAAAUCCGCUUCCUGGAGAGGAAUCAGCAGUUCGCCCUGGGCACGGGCCUCAGAGGAGAUGAGAGAUUUGAUUCCGUGGAAGACAUCAUCCAGUACUACAAAUCUUUUCCUAUCAUACUAAUUGAUGGGAAAGAUAAAACUGGAGUGCACAAGGAACAGUGCUGCCUGACCCGGCCCCUCCCCCUCAGCAGGCACUUCUCACCUUGGUAG